CCAGACUCUACACUUCCCUCCACAGCCACACCAACGUGCAUCUCGUGGCCAGUACAUACCUACUUAAAUAUAGCUAUAUGUCGUGCAUAAGGCGAUACCGCAUCUCUUAUCUGCUCCUGUUUACGUCGCCACAGGAGUGGACGAAGUGCAUACACCACUCACUCCUCAUCUAUAUUUGAUGCCCCUUCCCCUCCGUGAAGAACGCAACAUUACGGGAAAAGCGCCGCCAAACUCUCUGAUUCAUGACGUUCUUCGUCCCGUUGCUGCUGCUGCAGGGCCGACUGCUGUUUCUGCAGCAUAACCUCUCGCUGCAGUUCGUGCUUCUUCUCAAGCGACGUUUCUUCGUAGCACUGCUUGCAGUUCAUCAUGUCCCGCCUCGUUUGCGCAAGGCUGUGACGCAGAGCUUCUUCCCGCGCCAGGUUGUGCUGGAGAAUGUCGUGCUCGUACUCGUGUCGCUUGGUCAUCGAGUCUUCGUCCAGCAGCUCAUGCUCCUUGAUGACAUUGUUCGCGUGCAGCUGCUUGGACACCAGCGCCUGCAUCUCCACCUGUUUCAACCCUUCCAGGUCGUACUUGCGCUGGAUCCACUGUUUGUGCAUGGCCUCGUCCUCCAUCGCCUGCUUGGCCUUGAGGUCCGCCCAAGCCUCCGCCUCCGUCUCGGUCACGUUAUCCCGCGCCGCCGCUUCCAGGUGGCUCAGGUGGUUGUCCAGGGCAUGCCCUUGCCGCAUCGCUGUCACUUCGUGGGCCUGGAGGGCGCGAAGAGCCGCCGAGUCCAUCUCCUCCAUGCUGCUGCCCUCGGUGUGUGAGAUUUGUGGGACGUGGCGAUACGCAAAUCGGAACGAAUACGCACGCUUUCG